UUUAUCCAAAACCGCUUUAACCAAACGCUCUCUGUUGGCAAUGUCUGAUUAAAAACAUUUUCUGGUGGUGUUCGCAUGGGCCAAUGUGUCAUCCAGCUCGGAAUGCUGACAUCAUUGUUAAUUAAACUCAACAUCUGCAAACCAUGCAAACUGAAACGACUUGCCCUCGUGGAAAACAUUUAUCCAGAAGGGAUCGUUAGACCCUUCCAUCAUCAUCAGCGUCAUCUUCUUAAAACACAAGGCAGCAUUGUAUAUCUUCUCUUCAGAUAACUCAUCCCAGCAGAGGUACCACCCCAUGCUUCCAUAGUUAACUUGUGAUUGAGAUGAGAUGAUGGCGGGAGGGAUAUCUGCACUCUCUAAUAAAUAUCGUUUGAUGAAGACACGCCUAAACCAACGUGGCUGAAAAUGUUUUCAGGGCCGACUUCAAACGCGCGGUAUGGAAAAAAAAAAAAAAAAAAAAAAUCGGGUGAAAGUGGAUCGGAAGGAGAGACGAAACCGAACACUGCCUCAAGUAUGCGAAGCUCUUCCCGGGACCUGACGUCAGCGAGGACUUGUUAAUAUGAGCGGCAGCCAGCGGCCAGCAGGCCCAGUGGAGGGAGAGAAGGUGGAGGGAUGACAGCGGAGGCUGAAUGAUGCACAAGACCUGCGGAGAACGACGUGUUUUCGUCCUGAAACGGGACUGAUUCUGGAUCCAAUGUAUAGUCCAUUCCUGGUCAGUGAUGAGUUGGCUCCUGUUGUGGAUUCUGUUAGAAACCGGGUUUCAUCAGACCACCUCCCAGAACGCCACCGCCAUGCCGCCCUCCGCCACCGUCUCCAUGACGACGAUGGAACCGUACAACCGCACGCAGUUCUGCACGUGGCCAUGCGACUGUCCCCAGACACCGCCCGCGUGCCCGACGGGGGUCAGCCUGCUGGUGGACGGCUGCGACUGCUGCAAGGCGUGCGCACGGCAGGUCGGCGAGUCGUGCAACGAGGCGGACACCUGCGACUACCACAAGGGCCUGUACUGCGACUACAGCUCGGGCGCGCCGAGGUACGAACAAGGAUUGUGUGCAUACAUGGUGGGCACGGGGUGCGAGCACGACGGGGUGAUCUACCGCAACGGCCAGAGCUUCCAGCCCAGCUGUAAGUACCAGUGUGUGUGCGUGAACGGGGCCAUCGGCUGCGUGCCGCGCUGCACCGACUCCCAGCCGCCCCGCGUCUGGUGCCUCACCCCGCGCAGGGUCAAGGUGCGUGGCCAGUGCUGCGAGCGCUGGAUCUGUGACGAGCCCAGGAGGGGGCGCAAGACCACCCCCCGCCACGCCUUGGAGGCAGCCCCGGCGCAGAGCAUGAGCUGGCAUCAGAACAACUGCAUCCCCCAGACCACGGCCUGGGGACCGUGCUCCCAGACGUGUGGCCGCGGCCUGUCCCUCCGCGUCUCCAACGCCAACCAGCGCUGUGAGAUGGUCAAGGAGUCCCGCCUGUGUAACCUGAGGCCCUGUGAAGUGGACAUCACCAAACACAUCAAGCCGGGAAAGAAGUGUCUGAACAUCUACCGGGAGGAGCAGGCCUUCAACUUCACCAUCUCGGGCUGCGUCAGCACGCGGCUCUACCGGCCCAAGUACUGCGGCGUGUGCACCGACGACCGCUGCUGCAGCCCCUACAAGUCCAAGACCAUCGACGUGGAGUUCCUCUGCCCCAACGGCUCCAGCCUCACCUGGAAGGUCAUGUGGGUGCAGGCCUGCUUCUGCAACCUCAGCUGCAGGAGCCCCAACGACAUCUUCGUGGACCUGGAGAGCUACUACGGCCACCCAGAGGUCAUGAACUAAGGUCACGCUCAACCAUUUUCUUAUGAACAAACCCCCAAAAGUAGUUUGUUUUUUUAUGGCUUGUUUGCCCUUUUUAUUAGUCCUUUGCUUCCAUUGCUUCCACAUUAGUCCUUUAUAUAUUUAAUAUAUAUGUUUUUGUAUAAGUGUAUACUUUUUUCCCAUUGGAAAAUGUUUGUAAAUAAGAAAUAUACACAUUUCCGGAAGGGACAUUUUAAAGGCAUGUGAUUUUAAGCAACAUCUUUUUACUACUUUUUGGGGGGGUGGAAUUGUUAGGCUAUUAACAAUAGCCUGCUAACAACUGUGUGUCAUAUGAAAUGGUUAAUUUAUUGAUAUAGAUUGCAUAUGAAAUGAAUAAAAAAAAUACAUGAAUAUCUAGUGAUUGCCUCAUUUAAUAGAAACAAAAUGACAUAAUCAUUUGAUGAGGUUAUAACAGUGACGAUGCAUGGCGAUAUAUCGGAUUUCUCUUCGAUAAGUGCAUGAAACAUGCAUAAAUACAGCAAAUAAAUCGCACAACCAAGAAACAGGUGAG